GCCUCAGAGAGGACUGCCAGUGAUUUGUACAGGCAUGCAAGAGUUUGCUACUGGCUUACUUUAACUCCCAGGAGGUUGAUUUCCCAAGCACCUGCCACAUUCAGGACAACAAGCUGACUGAGAUUUAUUACAGAAGUUGUGAAUUUCUCGAAAAUGCCCGUUGUCCAUCGCAUAACCCUGGUGCGGUGAGGACAAACCACUCUACACUGACCACACAACGCAGGUGGCAGUUUCCCACAUUGCUCAGCCGGGCCACGCCAACGACAAAUUGAACGCAAGCGUAUCUACAGUGUGUCUACAACAGUUGCAUAACCACCCACUACUCUGCAUGUGAACUGGUAUAAAUCAGGGAGAAGCAACCACACGGUAGCACACAUUUGGAGAGCUUGGAGCUGAAGGUUUUCACGGCUCAGGAUGGAAACAGGCGGCUGGAAAUGGACGCUGGCUCUGGUUAUGGUGUUGGUCGGCACGUAUGCAGAAGCUUUAUCUUCCCGACACAUGGAUGACUUCAUCGAGGCGGUGAAGCAGGUGGAGGAGGGGUCACCGGGGUCAGAGCCGAUAGCCGUGCUGCGAGCGCUGCGCCGGGCGGCCGGCCUCGACGACGCAUUCAUUCGGCACUUCCUCGGGAACGCCGAUUCCGUCCGUCCUGAAAUGAAGGCGAGCCUCUCCGCUUACAUCGGCGAGGCUGUGCCUCACGGAGUGACUGAAAGUUCGGAAGAGGAAGGCGUGGUUCUGACUCCGGACGGCACCACUGUCGCCCUGGCGCCGGUGCUUCUGGGCAUCGAGGCGGGCUUGCACGCCAAGGUUUCUGGCCGCGUGCGUACCAGCAGCCUGUACCAGCUCACUUUUGCCAAAGAUCUGGAAAGCGCUGCUGUCACCGAGCGUCUGGGACCGGACGGCUGCUGGGACAGCGUCACUUCUCCGCGGGUCUUCACCCUCCUGGACAGCCCGUCUCUUCUCACCGCCGCUCAGGUCAACGGCGGCAUGGACGGCGUUCUUCUAGGCGCGGAGGUCAACGCCAAAUCCCGACGCGCCGCGAAGCUCAGCGACCUGCUGACCGACUACUACAGCCGCCAGCUGGGGAGCGAAGGACUGGAUGGAGCCCCGACAAUCGUCAGCAGGCGCCGCAGGGAGAACUUUAAGGCGCUGCUCGUUCCUCAGAUGCUGGAGAGACAGCUGGUGAAAUCGGUGGAGCUGCAGCGGAGACUGAAGGGACGCCCGAAGAUGGACGCGAAGAAGAAGAAACAGCUGACGCGUGUGGUGAAAGAGAGAAUCAAAGAGUUCGUCCAUACGUACAUGGAUUGCCCCCCCAUCAUCCCUCGCUGUAUGUGGGGUGCAGAGCCGUACAGAGGGACCCCCACCAACCUGUCCCUCCCUCUCUCCUUCAUGUACAUCCACCACACCCACACACCGAGCCAGCCCUGUCUCACCUUCCAGCAGUGCUCGGCAGACAUGCGCUCCAUGCAGCGCUUCCACCAGGACGACAGAGGCUGGGACGACAUCGGAUACAGUUUCGUGGCGGGCUCUGACGGGAACAUCUACGAGGGCCGAGGCUGGCUGCAGCGCGGCGCCCACACGCUGGGACACAACUCCAUAGGCUACGGGGUGUCCUUCAUCGGGGACUACGCCGCCACUCUGCCCUCCCAGCAUGCCAUGGGGCUGGUGAGAGAUCAGCUGGCGUCCUGCGCCGUCGGGGGCGGCCGGCUGGUAGCCAACUUCACCGUGCAAGGGCACCGACAGGUGGUGAACACUUCCUGUCCCGGGGACGCUCUCUACAACGAGAUCAGAGGCUGGGCACACUAUGGGGAGGUAAAGAAAUGAAAACCAUCUGCUUGACAAGAGGAAGAGAGCCUUGAAUAAACCAGAUACACAAUC